AUGGCGUCCUGGCCCAUAUUAUCCUCUGCGUAUUACCUUAUCAAGGACAUACUUGGAUAUAUAUUGGCAAGGGGAGAAGCUCAGAUUUCACAAGUCAAACUGAGUCCUGCUGUCAUAAACAGUCUGAUGCUUUUUUGGAAAGAUCACAAAUUUAGCAUGACAAUGGAACAGAAUCCCCAAUGUUGGGCCCUGCCCGAUGUUAACUACGAUACAUGCGACACCCCUUCUUGA